UCCGAUAGGGUUUUGGGUUUCAUCUCCAGAGGAAAGGGGGGAACGAAAUGGAGUUAGCCAUUAGACCUUUAUGCAAUGGACUGAAUCCGGAGAUAAUGAUUCGAAAGCAAAGAAUAAACCUGUGUGCUGGAUUACCAUUCUCUCGGAGAAUGCAGUCAUCAAUUCGUAUGCAAAAUGUCACUCGAGAAAAUUUUAGAAGGGAUGGCUACAAAAGUAUUGAUGCAAUUGAAGCAAUAUCUUCAGAUCCUGAGAGUCUUGGUAAUUCCAUGUCUCCUUUUGAGGACUUCACUGUUACUGUUAACAACUCAGAUGAUAGAGAGUUAAAGAUUAGGGUUGAUGUAUCUGGCACUAGAACUCAGGCCAUCUUUGAUGAUGUGUUUUCCAAAUUAGUUGCUGCUGCACAACCAAUUCCUGGUUUUCGGAGAGUGAAAGGAGGGAAGACUCCUGAUAUACCAAAAGAUAUUCUCCUGCACGUCAUUGGGCCAUCAAAAGUUAACAAGCACUCUAUCAAGAAAAUCAUCAAUGCUACAGUCGCUGAAUAUAUUGAAAAGGAGAGCUUCAAGGUAACCAAAGAUCUUAGAGUUAAGCAGAGCUAUGAAGAGCUUGAAUCAACAUUCCAACCGGGAAAUGAUUUUGGCUUUGAUGCAAUUUUACAACUCCAAGAAACGAAAAAAUCCAAAAGUUGAUUUAUUCCAUUUGUAACUUAUUGAUGAGAAAAGGACAGAAGGAUGAGAAAAAGCCUGCAGAGCCUCAGAAGGAAACAAGCUUAAUCUAAAAAGCUGAGUCCUCCAAACUUGUAGUGGGUUUUCGUGUUCAGAUAGCGUAGAAACAAAAAAUCAAUUCAAAUUUGAUAACGUAAUUGUUUUGAGUGAAUAUUGAGGCAAUUUGUCAAUCUUAAAUGUUUGUUCCA